AUGCCUUUGCUUAGCUCCCUCCUCGCUACGGAGACCAGACAAAGAUCCAUCCAUUUCGUAAUGCUUCGCGCAAGCGCUCUGUUUGGAUUAAUGAUGCAGAGGGGCGCCUCGCGUACUCGUCAUGCCCCCGUGAAAGUUGCAUUGGCAGCCAGCACAGCUGCUGCGGGGGGUUCUACGGCAACAGGAUUUGUGAAAUCUGAAGAACCUAUGAGAGAAGAUGCGUCCACUCCGAUAACUGAAGAGAAACCGGGAUCUGUUGUAAGGUCUGUGGGGGAACAGAUUUCGAUUGGCGGGGUACUUGGUUUCGCGGCUGGGUAUUCGAUACGAAAGGUUGGAAAGGCCGUCUUGUUUUUAGUGGGGACGGAAGUAUGUAUCCUGCAGUAUAUGGCAUACCGCGAGUGGUUGACAAUGGACUGGAGAAGACUGGGACGUGAUCUCUCGCCAAAGUUCUCCAAAUCGGCGUGGCAAGGGAUUGUCGAGAUUCUCGUGUACAAGAUGCCAUUUAGCGCAGCUUUUUCAGGUGAUUGGACCACCAAUUCAUUGCUUGUCCCCGACAUCGCUGUCAUAGGGGAAAUUCGCUACGAUCGCUCGUUUGGCCACAUUGCAGAAAAAUCGCCCCUCCCAGGUUGCGGUCCCCAUCCCAUCCCUCCCCGUCGACGUAUUUCUUUGAGCACCGGACGCUAUGCUGCCCUCACUCCGCGUAAUUCCGCGCGCGACAGCCCGACCGGGCUUUCGUCGUGGGUUGGCCACCAGCACGGAGGCGCCCAUGAUGUGGCAACUCGUCGCAGCCCCGGCAGGACCGGUUGA